AUGCUUUUGGCUUCUGCCAAACUGUCCGAUCUCUUAUCCGGCGGUAAAUCGGAGUCAGGCGAAAAACUACCGCCCGAUGGCGAACCUCCGACUACUUUUGAAAUCCUCAACUUGACCCCCAUUCGUCGUCAUUCGCAACCCUUGGUGGACUGUGUAGCUUUCAUCCGUUCGUCUGCUAUUGUCCCUAUUCACUUGCUUUCUGCAAUGCUGGCCCUAUUCAUGGGGAGUCCUUGA